GAGAGAGAGAGAAAGAGAGAGAGAGAGAGAGAGAGACUCCUCCACUCUGAAAAUGAACUUACACACUGGACUGAACAAGGUAUCGUAAUGAUCACGCUGGGCUCAGUGCCUGAGGGCAGCAGCCCUAUAGAGGAGCUGAUGGAGCUGACGGCGCAGAGUCUGUGUCAGCUCAACAUCAAGGAGCAUUUCAACGUCAUUAAAGAGAUCGGCCGCGGCAAAUACGGCCGGGUGCUGCUGGUCACUCAUCGCUGCCGGGGGACCCCCAUGGCUCUCAAAGUCCUGCCCAAAGCGUCCACCAAGCUGAAGGGCUUCCUGCGGGAGUACUGCAUCUCCCUGCACCUGUCUCACCACCCCUGCAUCGUGGGCCUGUUCGGAAUCGCCUUCCAGUCUGACGAGCACUACGGGUUCGCUCAGGAGCUGGUGGUCGGGCGUGACCUUUUCGCUGUCAUCCAGCCUCGGGUUGGUAUUCCAGAGUCUGCAGUGAAGCGCUGUGCCGUACAGGUGGCCAGUGCUCUGGAGUUCAUCCACCAGCUGGGUCUGGUGCACCGAGACAUCAAGCCUGAGAACGUGCUGCUCUUGGACACCCACUGCCAGAGGGUCAAGCUGGCGGACUUCGGCCUGACCCAGAAACAGGGCACCCUGAUCCAGUACAUCACGGGUACGCUGCCCUACAUGGCGCCGGAGCUGUGCGCCAUGGUGCUGGAGGAAGGUCAGGAUGAGGUGAAGGCGCCUCCGCUCAGCGUUCAGCCCAGCCUGGACACUUUCGCCUUCGGAGUUCUGCUGUUCUGCAUCCUCACCGGAUUCUUCCCGUGGGAACACUGCAUGAACACCGACGACUUCUACCAGGAGUUCUCAGACUGGCAGCAGAAUCCUGAGAAAUCUCCAGUUCCCUCCCAGUGGAAACGGUUCACACCAGCAUGCAUGGAGAUGUUCGGGAGGCUGCUAGCACUGGACGCUAAUGAAAGGUGCCUGGUGGAGGAGGUGAAGGGGUUUGUGGGUAAAGAGUGGGUGAGGUCAAAGCGUCUGAACGGACUGGUGGAGGACAGUGGGAAAAUCAGCGCCAUGCCAGUCCUGAGCCCCUGUAAAAACAGCCCGGCUCUUCAGUGAGGGUUCAAGAAUUUCAAGAAAAAAGGAGGGGGCCAUGUUUUUCUUCAUUUUAUUUUAGAAUAAAAUAAUUUUAUAUACAGGGGUUGGAGAAUGAAACUGAAACACCUGGUUUUAGACCACUAAAUAAUUGAUUGUGGUGACGGACAGUUCUGGUGGAAACAGGAGAGUUGAGGUGCACAUUGAAUUCUGCGUGAUUUGAUCAGCCGUGGUUUUAUGUUUUUUGGAUACAAUCCGGGUUAGCACCCGAACAUCCCUUUCAGACAGCUUCCUCUCACAGCGUCCACAGUUAAUCCUGUUGGAUGUGGUUGGUCCUUCUUGGUGGUAUGCUGACAUUACCCUGGAUACCGUGGCUCUUGAUGCAUCACAAAAAAGAUUUGCUGUCUUGGUCACAGAUGCUCCAGCAAGACGUGCACCAACAAUUUGACCUCUUGUGAAUUUCAAUGUCCACAAACAUCUGGACAUGAAGUGUAUUUUUUUCUUGCACAUGUUUAAAUCAAGUAAAGCCGAUGUGUCUGGACAGAGAUUCAUUUUAUUACAACAUUAGCGCUCAGAGCAACACGAUCCAUUAUCUCCAGCCAUUUGUUUUGCCUGUGAGGAGGAGGAGGAGGAGGAGGAAGAGGAGGAGGAGGAGGAGGAGGAGGAGGAAGAGGAGGAGGAGAGCCGGCUCUGCUGCUGCUGCUUUUGGUUUAGUGUAAACAAGUUAGGCUACUCCUCGAGGCACGCGGCCAAUAGAAACGCAGCGGCUGAGCGUUUCUUUGAUUGCAGAUACGGAGAUGAAAAUCAUUAGCCUUAUUCACCGCAGCUCCUGAUCUGCUGAUUAAUGACCUCAGCCCGGCCACGCCCACACAGAAGCAUGAAACCAGCACCACCACACACACCCCACACACACACACACCAGCAGCUGUCAGACCGGGGGAAGAAAUCCCAGCACGCCUCUCGCGCAUUAGCUCUGCAUUAGGACUGAAAUGGGCAACAUACCAGAACUCUGCAGCAGCACUGUAAUGAUCUUAUACAGUUAAACACACUUUAACUCUACAUUUACUGCAGUAAGGCUGGGCGAUAUAUUGAGUUUUUAAGUAUGAGACAAUAUCGCAAUAUCGUUUAUAUAGAUGAUAUGAAUGAUAUAGACUGUUGUGUUCAAAUAAGUUCAGACAGUUCACUUUUUUCUUUUCUAAGUUUGUAGAUAGCGAUACUGAUACAGAUGCGGAUUUCAUUUUCCAGCAGGACUUGGCACACUGCCCAUACUGCCAAAAGUACCAGUUGGUCUUAUAUAAUAUUCAGAUUUUUGCGUUUUCAUUGGCUGUAAGCCAUAAUCAUCAACAAUAAAAGAAAAAAACACUUACAAUAGAUCAUUCUGUGUUUAAUACAUCUAUAUAAUAUGAGCUUCACAUUUUGAACUGGAUUACUGACAUAAAAUAACAUAUAUAUAUAUACAUAUAUAUGUAUAUAUGUAUGUAUGUGUGUAUAUGUAUAUGUAUAUAUAGAGAUAUUGUAUAUCGUCUUUUAGCCCUAUAGUAAAGACAAAUCAGACUGAAAUAAAGAUUUUGAUUCUUUAAAUAUAAUUGAUCCAUAAUAAAAUACAGAAAAGAAAGGAAAUACAUACAAAAAAUUACAGUAAUGCAAUUAAAGCAGUAAAAAAAUUGCAAUUUAAGAUAACUAAGACAAUAUAAAACCUUUAUCACAGCCUAUAUAUAUAUAUAUAUAUAUAUAUAUAUAUAUAUAUAUAUAUAUAUAUAUAUAUAUAUAUUAUAUUUAUAUAGAUUUAUAUAGAUUUAGAAGUGGAAUACACAAGUUUAGUUUACAUUUAAAGGUGUAUAUUUCUAUUAAUACUUUUACAGUUUACUUUUAAUGCUGCAUUCCAUCUGAUCUGUUUCUUUGAUGUCACAAAAACAAAUGCAAACAAACCCAUGUUCAUCUAAUUAUCAGAUUCCUGCACAGUUUAGUUAAAUCAGAAAACUGUGCAGAAAUCCAGCAGCCCAGAACCAGAACCGCCCAUCCCUGUUCUAAAGGGAGGGACUGAAAGCUGUAAAAAGUCAAAUAUUUGUGUAAAAAUUAAAAAGGUUUUUGAGCGUAAAACAGAACAACUGCUGUAAGUGGAUCUAAAACACAAGACAAACGUGGGACAUGUUCACUGAAACUCAAACAACCCGAAAACAAAUCACAAAUCACUGCAUCUGUCUGGGUCUGAUUUAGCCAAUUAGCACCGGCCCUGGCUGGAUGCAAUCAGAGCAGAGCGGAACCGAACGCCAAGAAACUCUGAGCUCCGAAACACAACCGCCGCCUGAAAAACGAGAAAACCGACUGAAGCCGACUAAAUUUAGAACUGAACAGUUGGAGUUUUAUUCUAAACUCUCAGUCAAUGCCAGAUCUGCACUGGUUAGAAAAUCAAGAGAUGAUUUAUUGGGAUUUAAGUUAGAUUUAGAGUUAUUGUUGUGUACUUGUUGUGAGUUUUUUACAUAAACAAUAUAUAAAUAUAAUUUAUGGGAGAGAAAAA